ACAGCUUCUCAACAACAGCCAGAUGUUCAGUUUGUCGCUGAAAAUAAUAAUUAUUCCAUAGUCGGAAAUGAACCAUUGCGCGUGCGCACGAUGUAGUUGAAUGUUUGUUUUUUUCGCAGUUCGAUUGGACAGCAUCACACAAGUGCAGUAGUUUCAUCCCGAAGGAGCGUUUUUAAAGCCACCUAGUAUUAUACAAUCUGUCCCCGAUGGAUUUACAAACUCCAAAGGGCACGGUGAAUGACCAGAAUCUGCCAGCUGUAGUGGAACUGAAUGUUGGCGGACAAUUGUACACCACGUCAUUACCAACUUUACUCAAAGAUUCAGAUUCUMUUCUGAGCGCCAUGUUUAGUGGCCGGCAAAAAAUCCCACGAGAUUCAAGAGGAAGGUUUUUCAUUGAUCGCGAUGGUGUACUUUUUCGUUACAUUCUUGAUUAUCUACGAAACUGUAAGUUGGCGCUUCCAGAAGGAUUUAGUGAACGCGAUCGACUGCUCAUAGAGGCAGAACACUUUAAACUUAAAGGAAUGGUUCGUGCAAUUCAACGAGAGGGUGACAGUCUUAAGACCGGCAAGGAUAAGUCUAGACCCGGGGGAUWUCUAUCCAUAGGUGUUAGAGGAACAUACGCCUUUGGAAGAGAUGGUGUGGCAGACGUCAAGUUUCGUAAGUUACAGCGUAUUUUGGUGUGUGGUAAUGUAGCCCUAGGACGAGAGGUUUUUGGUGAUACACUCAACGAGACAAGAGACCCAGAUCGUGAUGACCAACGCUAUACUAACCGCUUCUAUCUGAAACACAGCUAUUUGGAGAAGGCUUUUGAUCAGCUCUAUGAACAUGGCUUUAAGUUGAUUACUAGCUCGGCCGGGGGUGCUGGAUAUGAUCCCGAAAACGAAGAAACAAAAUGGAAUCAUUUUAACGAUUAUGUGUUCUUUCGUGAAUGAACACCACACAAGCCUUCAAACAAUUCCUGAUGGAUUCCUAUUCAUUUAAUGUAUAUAAACACCGACUCUAAAAGUAAAAACAAUUCUUAUUAGAGGCCAUGCUAGUCUGGUAAUAGCCCUGGCUUUUGCGGUCGCGAACGUUGUCUUUCAAGAAUGAGACUCCACAGUUUCACUACUAAUAUAAAAGUUAUAAGAGUAUUAUUGUCAAAUGAGUACACUUUUGAGUUUUUGCUCGAGAAUUUCCCAGUUUCAAGUAGAAAGAAGUAAGAGGGCCAAAAACAUGGUAUCAUUGAUACACUCGCUUCAUUGCCAGCAAGUCACUGUUACAAUUUAUCGGGGAUUCUAAACAGUAUUUGAAUCUCGCAAAAGAUCUGRCAAUGAAAACCGAAAGUCAAAUAAAUUGAAUGUGAACUAGUGUGRAGAUUGAAAGUGAAAUGCACUAUAUAUACGUGUAAUUCAAGAACGACUAGUUCAUGUUUUCAAAACACACUCAUUUAAACGUCAAGUUUGACAUUUUCAUUUUCGAAUAUUGUAAUAAUUGAGUGUUAGCGAAGAACAGGAAUUGUACAAAACGAGAAAAAUAAUAAAUGUAGAAGGUAAAGACCGGAUCCCUUUCA